AUGGGCUCAUGGGUGUCGCGUCGAAAGUUCGCAUCGCGAGGAAGAGCGAAAGCGGGGAAAAAGGCGGACCGGCCGGCAGCCAAUGAAGACUCAGGCAUGGCAAGCAAUCCGUCGCCCGUAACCGUUCCCGUCACUCACUCAGUCUUGCUCGCUUUCCGCUUCUCGCUCUCCUCACUCGAUUUCUCUCUCGCUCGCUCGCUUUUCUCACAAAAAGCUUCCCCCCACCCUUCAGACUAUGUAGUCCUCGGCUUUGGUGCGAGCUCGCUGUCGCUGCUUUUGGAUCUUCUCAUCCUUUUGUCUCAAUUGCCAGCUCCUCUUCCUUUCUCUAACGCACUUUUGCUUUUCCUCUGCAUCAUUUUUUCAUUCUUGUACGAGUCGCUUUCAACUCCCAGCUAUCUACUCGCGUGCGACAGCUUGCCCACGGGCAGCGUCUGCUCGACAUCGCCCUUUGCCGACUCACUAUAG